AUGAAGACGAUCGUCGCUUUGGGGCUUCUCGCGCUCGCCACCGCUGCCAGCGGCCAGUUUCUUCAAGACUGCACUAACGCUCUGGACGGUUUGUAUGCCAUCGGCAACUGCGAGUCUCAAUUUCUGACGUGUUCCGGUGGCAUCGCUCGUAUCAUGGACUGCCCAGCCGAUCUCAUCUACAACGAGCCACUUCUCAUCUGCGAUUGGCGUCACAACGUCGUCGGCUGCGAGGGAUCCGGAGAGGCUUCUGGUGAGCAAUCUGGAGAAGGAUCCGGUGAGGCUUCUGGAGAAGGAUCUGGUGAAGCUUCUGGAGAAGGAUCUGGAGAGGCUUCCGGAGAAGGAUCCGGCUCCGGCGAGGGAUCAGGAGAGGAAAACAACGUUUGCGAAGGACUCGAGGACGGCGCCUACUCUUCCGGCGGAUGUACCACCUACUACUUCUUCUGCACUGACAACACCGCCCGUUUCCUCAGCUGCCCAACUCCACUCUUCUACGAUGUCGCCACUCAAAAGUGCGCCUGGAAGGCUCUUGUUGAGGAGUGUAACGGGGAAAUCAUCAUUGACGGAUCGGGAGAGACUUCUGGAGAAGGAUCCGGUGAAGCUUCUGGAGAGAACUCCGGUGAGAACUCCGGUGAGGGAUCCGGCGAAUUUGAGCCAACAUGCGACGGAAAGGCUGAUGGAAUCUAUCCAAACGGAGUUUGCGUUCCAAAUUUCCUCACCUGCUCCGGUGGAAUCGCUCGUGUCAUGAACUGCCCAGCCUCGUUGAUCUUCAACCCAGACAUCCUUGUCUGCGACUGGCCACGCGACGUUGCUGAGUGCCACGGACUCUCAACACCAGCUCCAGUUUGCGAGGACGACGGAUACUUCUCAUUCGGACAGUGCUCUUCCUCGUUCACCGCUUGCACCAACGGACGCGCCAUCGUCAUGUUCUGCCCAGCCGGGCUCAAGUUCUCUCAAGCUAACCAGCGAUGCGACUACGACGAUCUUGUCAACGAGUGCCAAGAGGCUUCUGGAGAAGAAUCUUCUGGAGAGGCAUCUGGUGAGCAAUCUGGAGAAGGAUCGGGUGAGGCUUCUGGAGAGGCUUCAGGAGAAGCUUCCGGAGAGAACGAGUGUGUCUCCUUGGACAAUGGACUCCACGCAAUUGGAUGCUCGCCACGCGUCCUCUCUUGCCAAAACGGACACGUCGACAUCUUCGAAUGCCCAUCCAGCUUGGUCUUCAACGAGCAGACUCUCAUUUGUGAUUACCCACAGACUUCCUUGAAGUGUCUUAUCGAAGAUACCCUCCUCAUCGAUGAGACUCCAAUCACUCCAUUCGACUGCUCCACCAAUGGACUCUUCUCCGAUGGCCUCUGCUCCGCCACCUACCAUCAGUGCUCCGCCGGACAGCUCAUCAACUUCACAUGUGCCGAGACUAACGCCGUCUUCUCUGCCGCCAACGCCGAAUGCGUCGACUCGUCGACUCUCCUUCAAUGCCACUAA